UGUCAACAGUGUCAACUGUACUGCCAACAUAACACACCGAACAAGUGAUCUUAUUUGGAAGUUGACGAUUUUUAAUGAAAAUAAAUCUUUUUUAAAACCAUUCAAUACAAUUUAAUAAAUAUGGGUGACCAAUUCGACUGUGCACUUGAUUUGAUGAGGCGUUUGCCUCCUCAACAAAUUGAAAAGAACUUGAGUGACUUAAUAGAUUUAGUACCAAGUUUAUGUGAAGAUCUCCUUUCGUCUGUAGAUCAACCUUUAAAAAUUGCUAAAGACAAGGAUUCUGGGAAAGAUUUCCUCUUAUGCGAUUAUAAUAGAGAUGGAGAUUCUUACAGGUCACCUUGGUCUAACACCUAUUAUCCCCCAUUGGAGGAUGGUUCUAUGCCAUCCGAAAGGUUAAGGAAAUUAGAAUUAGAUGCAAAUCAUGCAUUUGAUCAAUAUAGAGAAAUGUAUUUUGAAGGUGGUGUAUCUUCAGUUUAUUUUUGGGACUUAGACCAUGGUUUUGCAGGUGUAAUUCUAAUAAAGAAAACUGGGGAUGGUAGUAAGAAAAUAAAAGGAUGUUGGGACUCCUUACAUGUAGUAGAAGUUCAAGAAAAAAGUUCUGGAAGAAAUUCACACUACAAAAUGACUUCAACUGCCAUGUUGUGGCUACAGACCAACAAACAAGGAUCUGGAACAAUGAAUUUGGGUGGCAGUCUAACCAGACAAAUUGAGCAAGAUGCAGCUGUCAACGAAAUCAAUCCUCACAUCGCCAACAUUGGUCGCAUGGUAGAAGAUAUGGAAAACAAAAUUCGGAACACACUUAACGAAAUUUACUUUAGCAAAACUAAGGACAUCGUGAACAGCUUGAGGUCAGUCCAACCUCUGACAGAAAGUCGCCAGCAACAAGCACUUAAACAAGAUUUAGCGGCGGCCCUCCAGCGUAGACAAAACAAAUCUGAGAACUGAUUAAUGUCGAUCGCGACGACUUUUUCGAGUAUGUUCGAUGAAAAUAUCGAGUCAGGUUAAGUUUAUUUAAAUGGAGACUUUGGCUCUGACUGUAUGAAAUACAGAGUGAAAGCGAACGGUAACAGGGUGUCUACUAAGUGCACAAAGACUAUAAAAUGUAGUUUAUCACUGUAUUGCAUUUAACCUCUUUGUUGCUUUUUUUUAAUGACAAAUGUCAUUGUGUAGAGUGUAUCAUUAAUUCUUCUUUUAUCACAAGGAUAAAAAGUCAUAUUUUGCUUAAUCAGUUUUCAGAUUAUUGGAGAUGUCAGAAUACGGAUUUAAGCAAUAACUUUAUGACUAAUAUCUAUGGUCGAAUCACUUCUUUUAUUAAAAUAAAAUUGACAGCAUUCCAUUAACAAUAUUUUGCGAUCUUUUAAUUUAAAAAUUGUGUUCUGAUUUUAGUAGACUCCCUGUGUAUUUUAUGUAUUUUCCAUUUAAAAAUAGGUCUUCAAAAAAUAUCCAUCUUAGAGUGGUCUUAAAUCAUGAAUUUUUUACCUGACUACCGAUUUUACAGUAUUCUAAAUAAAUUGUACUAUAAUUUUUCAUGAAAUACUUUUGUAAAUCUGUAAAGAUUGUGUUGCUUAAAGUUUGCAAGAAAAAUAUUCCGCUUUUUUGCAUGAUUUAUUUUGUUAAAUUAUCGAAAAACUUAAUUAUUUGAUUACUUUAUUUAAUUUAUAUAUUUAGUUAUAAUUUUUCACUUUAGUAGAUGUAUUUUUAUGGAGCUCAAUUUUUUCCUCUUGUUAUAAUGUAAAUUUCUAUUACAAAUACAUUUUUUAUAUUAUAA